ACCCUAUCUAUCUGCUCACCCCAAUCCCCUCCACCGCUGUUCCCCGCCUGACAACCACGGCCAUGGCGUGCGCGUUCUCCGCCUCAACCGUGUCCCCGGCCGCCGCGCUUGUUGCAUCGCCGAAACCAACCGCGGCGCCGCAGUUCCUGUCGUUUCCCCGCGCCUUCGUCGGAGGCGCCGCGAGGCCCUCCCGCCUCGCCGCCUCGAGAACGGCCAGGGCCCGCAACUUCGUCGCCCGCGCCGGAGGCGAGGAUAGCCUGCCGCUGGUGGGGAACAAGGCCCCUGACUUCGACGCGGAAGCCGUGUUCGACCAGGAGUUUAUCAACGUCAAGCUAUCUGAUUACAUUGGGAAGAAGUAUGUGAUUCUUUUCUUCUACCCCCUGGACUUCACAUUCGUCUGCCCAACUGAAAUUACUGCUUUCAGCGACAGACACGAGGAGUUCGAGAAGAUAAAUACCGAAAUUCUUGGUGUUUCAGUUGAUAGUGUGUUUUCCCAUCUUGCAUGGGUGCAGACAGAGAGGAAAUCUGGCGGGCUUGGUGAUCUGAAAUACCCACUGGUUUCUGAUGUCACGAAAUCAAUCUCAAAGUCUUUUGGUGUGUUGAUUCCUGAUCAGGGAAUUGCUCUGAGAGGAUUAUUCAUCAUUGACAAGGAGGGUGUGAUUCAGCACUCUACUAUUAACAACCUCGGUAUUGGCCGCAGUGUGGAUGAGACCUUGAGAACCCUUCAGGCCCUGCAAUAUGUCCAAGAAAACCCAGAUGAGGUUUGCCCAGCAGGUUGGAAACCUGGGGAAAAGUCGAUGAAGCCUGACCCUAAGGGCAGCAAGGAGUACUUCGCUGCUAUCUAGACAUGUCCUUUGCACUUACUGUCAAGUUUUGUCAUAGCCAUUGCAAUUGCUGGCUUAUGCGUUGUUCUUGUGACUUGAGUUGUAGUUAUUGUGCACGAUUCUGUAAUUUCUGCAAUAAUGGUUUGUGUGGGUGUUGAUUUUCCCUGUUCCAAUUUGUAAAGAUAAAUAUAACCAUUGGAAACAAUAUCUUAUUUUCAUAUAUAUCAGCCACUAUUUGAAAUCCAA